AUGGCGCAGCCCACCCUCGAGCGCCUGCACUCAGGCAGCUCGGAGGCGGCGCCCGAGGGCGUGCGCACGACGCGCUCGCCGCUGGCUUUCUUCCAGAAGAAGCACCUGUGGAAGUGGGCGGCGGCGUUCGGCGCGCUCGCCACGGCGCUGAUCCUCAUCAUUACCAUCCCCUGGGCAAUGCAGAAGGACGACCCCGCGCCGGGCUCCGGCGGCGGGCAGGCGCCCUCGCUGCCCAGCAACCCGGUCCCGAGCGGCACGUUCCCGACGCUGACGGGCAGCCAGGCGGCGCUGGACACGCUGAUCUCGGCCUCGUUCGCGUCGAACCGCCGCGCGCUGCUCCAGGUGACGGCGGCGCAGGUGGAGACGGCGUUCCUGACUCUGGUCCAGAGCAAGUACGCCGCGCAGGGCGUGUCGCCGCUGUCGGUCCUGCUUCUCGUCUUCAUCCGCACCAUCUUCGCGGACGCGAACGCGGCGAACGCGGCGAGUAGCGGCGCCCUGGCAGCGCUCCAGAGCAUCUCGCCGGCCGACACGAUCCCGGGUCUGAGGAUCACGUCCAUCACGGCACCCACCGGGUUCGCCCGGGUCACGGCGCCGCCGCCGACGAACCCACCGGUGAUCCCGCAGACCGCUGGGCCCACGUCCGGCCCGCAGGCCACGUCCGGCCCGCAGGCCACGGCGGGGCCGGCAACCUCGGCGCCGGCGACGACGGUCGGCAGCACGACGCCCGCGGCCACCACGGUCUUCGUGAAGCCCCCUGACACCUUCACGGCCAUCAAGCGUCCGAACGGCGUCCUGGGGCCGUGCAACGCCUCGUGCAUCGAGCUCGACGGCAGCACGAACGCCCGCCAGACCAUCCCGGUGGACUGCAUCCAGCUGACGUGGAACAUCUCGCGCGGCCAGUACGAGCAGGCGGCCAACGUGUCGACCGCAGUGUGCGCGGCGAACAACGUCACCGUCCCGGAGCUCACGCAGGCGUGCGCCGUGCCCCCGCCGGCGUGCGUCAGCUACACCACCAUCAAGACCCUCAACCCGUCGUUCGAGUGCCUGUCGCAGUGCGACCAGAACGAGAAGUACUACAACGAGACCCUGCAGUGCCAGAACGACGUGACCAAGGGCCUCGUCUCCCUGGACCUCUGCGGCGCCACGUACGAGAACCAGAACAUCACCUUCAUCUCGUGCUUCAACACCUCGAUCGACUGCACCGUGCCCCGGUUCGAGUACCAGGGCUACGGCGCGUGCAGCGCGCCGUGCAGGGCGCCCGGCGCGGCGGUCCCGACCCAGACGCGCACGCCGGUGUGCCUGAACUCGAACGACACGAUCAUCGACAACUCCCUCUGCGCGGGCCAGCCGCUGACGAUCUCCCGGCCGUGCAACCCGCAGUCCUGCCUGUCGUACUCGUUCGUCGAGGGCGCGUACGGCAGCUGCUCGCUGAACGGCCAGGCGGUGACGUGCGUCAACACCUUCGACCCCCCCGCGCCGACGCGGACCCGCACGAUCACGUGCAAUGAGACGGACGCCCGCACGGGCAUCGUGAGGACCGUGGACAACGGGAACUGCACGGCGGCAGGCCUGACGGUGCCGGUGUCCUCGGAGCAGUGCUCCCUCGAGCUGUGCCCGGGCGUGAGCGUGUGCGACGCCGUCAACUGCCAGAACGGCGCCAUCUGCUUCGAGGUGGCGACCGAGGCGGGCUACCAGUGCGGCCUCGCGGGCACGUCGCCGCCGGCGUGCCCCACGGGCUUCCGCGGCCUGCUGUGCGAGAUCGACGCGAGCUGCGCCGCGCCGGGCAUCAUCUUCAACGACCCGGCGAACAACAACCAGCCCGCGUGCUGCCAGUCCGGCACGCUGCGGCCGAACAACACGUGCUGCCCCGUGCUCGCGAGCGGCAACCGCCCGGUCGUCGACAGGGACGGGGCGUGCUGCGACACGGCCGACUACAACCCCAUCUGCAACUCGUGCACGGAGAAGGGGACCUUCGUGGACGUGGACGGCAAGUGCUGCGACGGGUUCAAGGACAGCGCCGGCCGCUGCUGCACGGGCGCGCUCGACGAGUGCGGCUUCUGCGACGGCCGCAACGUGAACUGCCAGUACAACGUCACGGUCGACUUCGGGCCCUCGACGAACCCGUGCUCGGCCACCCAGCUGGAGUCGUACAACACGUGGGUCGGCGUGACGCUGCGCAUCCGGUCGAACCGCACCGCCGUGGGCACCAACCGCGACAACUCGAAGCAGUGCGCCACCAACGCCCAGGGCGGCGCCCAGGUGUCGUUCCUCAUCGGCGCCGUGGAGUUCUCCGACGACGAGGCCCUCUCGCAGGCCGUGAUCACCGCGCGCAUCUCCGUCGCGAACAAGACGGUCCUGACCUUCGAGCCCAGCGCUGGGCGGAGGCUCGAGGAGACGAGCAUCAGCGACGAGGACGCCGCGCGCGCGAUGCGCAUGCUCAACGACAUGGAGUCGCGCGGGCUCGACGUCCGCGAGCAGGCGCGCGCGCUGCAGCAGGUCUCGGCGGCGGUGUCGACCUUCUGCUUCAACUUCAUCUCGUUCUACCGCAGCUUCUCGUUCCGCGGUUGCUUCACGUUCGCGCGCAUCAGGAUCCCGCUGGGCACCAUCACGAACCGGCGGUCGGCCGUCUCGACGGGCAGCACGGUGAAGUCGGGCACGGACUGCCAGUCGAGCAGCAAUUGCAACCUGAAGCUUGUCAUCAAUUCGCAGGGGCUGUACGACGGGCUCGGAGACUGCAUCCCCAGCGACCCGCUCGUGAACAAGUGCGUCAACGACAGAAUCUUCUCGUUCUCGUGCCCCGUCGGGUCGCUGAUCCCGACGACCUGCUCUGGCCGCGGGCGUUGCCGCCUGGUGAGUCGGACCUCGAGCUUGCCUAACGCGGCGCCCUUCCUGCCGACGUGCCGGUGCUUUGGCCUCGCCGCCGGGUUCGACUGCGGCGACUGCAAGAACGGCUUCCGGAAGGUGACCUUCGUGUACUCGUUCUUCACGUUCAACUUCCGCACGCGGCAGUUCGCGUUCGUCAGCUACCGCGGGAUCUACUGCUACAAGUUCACGCCCAUCAGGCGCACCACGACGACGGCUGCUCCGCAGACGACGGUCCCGCCGGUCACCACGGUGCCCGCCGCGACCAACGGCACGAACACGACCGCGCCGCCCCAGAACACGACGUCGUCGCGUCGCAUGGCCGCGCAGAUCAAGGCGCACUCGCAGCCGAUCUUCGUCCGGAGCUCCAAGGCCCGGGAGGACAGGCCGGCCGUCGAGCUGCCCAUGCACCUGGAGCCCGUGAGGCGCUCCCUCGGCGACAAGGUCAAGAUCAACGAGGACGGCGUCGAGGAGGUCAGCACUGUUGUUGCCUUCACCGACUCCCCCGGCAAGGGCGGCGCCUUCACGUGCACGGACGCGUGCGCGGCGCAGGGCCGCCAGUGCGAGGAGAUCGCGACGCGGCACCUCGCGCAGGACGUCGAGGCGUGCGGCACUAUGGUCCGCCACGCCGUCAACAUCGAGGCGCAGCACCUCGGGUUCGACGUGUCGGGCUUCGAGGGCGGCUGCUCCUACAUGCCCGACUCGGGCGAUGCGUACCUGCUCGCCACCAAGGGCGGCUCGGAGGCCGGCGCCUGCGACGCGACCGCCGUCCCGACGCACAAUGUGCGCCGUGUGUGCGUGUGUGCGUAA